AUGGCAUCUCUUAGCAAGCUCAUGAUCUUCAGCUUGAUUUUGUUCUUCGCCUGCCUUGUGCAAUCCGUCAAUUCCGUCAUUCACUUGCCCCUGCACAGGAGGGGAGGGCGCUUCUCGUACCACGAGUCGGCGAACCUGACACAUCUCGCAUCGAUUCUCCAUAGCGCCGAAGCGAAGUAUGGACGCAGCUACCGUGUUAUCGAAAAGAAUCGCCUGGUGCGCAAAUGGCACGCAAGCAGUUGCAGGGAUGAGAACGAUCCGGAGGUGAUUGAUGUCGUGGGAGGGGCCAAUCGAUGGUAUACGAUACUGGAAGUGGGCGAACCGCGACAGAGAUUGGAGGUCGACGUGGACAUGUUGAGACCAGAUUUCUACACCAUCACCACGGCGAGCAACAGGGGAUCCAAGUACGACGCUUCUGCCUCGCAAAGUCACAGAUCCCGUCAUGGCAGGGCGCACCCGAUCUGCGCCCGUUCCAGCGACGAAUUCCAUUUCUCUCCCAGUCUGCUGCCGCCGAUUCGACUCGAAUUCCCGACCUGUACACCGUCCAAAUCGUCACGACAGAGCCUUGCGCAUUCUGGCACGUUUCUCGGUCUUGCGCCACACCACGACGACACCAGAUACCUGGCUCGAGUGUCCUCCGCCCCGGUUCUGACGCAGUUGAAAGCACAGGGCGCUUUCGCAGAAGAGGUAUGGUCCGUCACACUGCUGGACACCGAUACCGGGAUCCUCAGCCUCGGUGGCACAAUCGCGCGGGAGGUCGAGGAAGCGAAAAUCCGGGGCCAAGUGGAGUUACAGCACUUUGGCGAGGCUGGUGUCACGUCGGAAUGGGUGGGCGAGCAGGUCAACAAGCAGCUACAGGCGGUCAUGCCGAGUGGGAUGCCGUGGGAUCGAGCUUUCAAGUGGACCGACGUGCAAGGGACAGCGGGCUGGUGGACGGCUUUGAUGAAAGGCGUGUGGGUGAACGGAGCAAAGAUCCUCAGAAACCAACCAGUCCUCUUCGACAUCAACGUCCCCUUCAUCCUAGCGCCCCCAAUCGCCGCCCAACGCUUUUACGACUCCAUGGGCGGCACGAAACGCCUCCCUCCGCCCUUCGACUGCUUCUUUGCCUUUCCUUGCUUCAACCAAGUCAACAUUGCCUUUGAGAUUGCUGGUGUGAAUCUGCCGACCAUGCAGGGCCAGGGCACAUGGGCGGAUGGACUGGACGGUCCCGCUGGGGGGAGAUUCAGCCUGGGAAAAUUGGGUGACGGAUCCGGGUACUGCGUGGGCAGCGUGGUGGAAUCGAGGAUGGGCCAGAGGAAGGAGGGGUUGGAAAGUGGUAUGAAUAAUGUUUGGGUGCUUGGUGAACCUUUCUUCCGAAGACUUGGGGUGGUCUUUGACAUGGACAAAGAGAGGGUCGGGGUCAGGAUUUAUUGA